ACCAUGCUGAACGCGCUGCUGCUGUGCUGCGGGCUGCUGCAGGGGAUCCAGGCCAUCCUCAACCCCGUGGGGAGUGGGGGGCUUUUUUUUGGGGGGGGGAUACACGACCACGGGGAGCAGAAUCAGAGCAGACCCCCCCAGCAGCCUCCUUGUUCAGCCUCUCUGUAUCUCGCAGGAGCUCUCCCCAGGCUGGGGUUUGAGCAGAUGGCCCUGGAGGUCCAAGAAGCCGACAGUGACCUCGCGCAGAGCGGCGGCGUGCUGGAACCGCAGGCAUCGUCCACGGAACUGCAAGCUGCGGGCCGCGAAGAGCGCUCCCCCCGCCGCUGCGUCCGCCUCCUGGAGUCCUGCCUUGGGCAUCAGGUCCCCUGCUGCGACCCCUGCGCCACCUGCUACUGCCGCUUCUUCAACGCUUUUUGCUACUGCAGGAAAAUCAGCACCAGUUUCCCCUGCGGCAAGAACUAG